GAGAGAGGACAAAAAACAUAGCAAGGGAAGCUCUAUCAACCCCAAGGCCGCAUUGAAGCUCGAUCACUUGCAGAGGCUAGCUUUAUGGACUGGUGGGGAGGCUUCUAUUCCCUCUUUUGGGGCCUUCUUUGGGCACAAGUUGGCUUCUAUUCAAGAGGGUCUGGAUGUGCCUCUUGAUCCUUAUAUGGUUUCUUGCCAGAGAUGUGAAACAAUUCUGCAGCCUGGCUUCAACUGUACUAAUACGAAUUGAAAAAAACAGGGCAAAGGCACGACGAAGAAGUAAGAAGCCCGCUAAUUUCACUUUCACUCAGAACAAUGUAGUGUAUACAUGUCACUUCUGUUCUGAAAGGAACGUGAAGAGAGGGACUUCACGUGGACAUAUGAAAGCGAUGUGCUCCCUGAAGAUAAAAAAAGCUUCAGAUUUGAAACCUGCUAAAUCCAUUUCUCAGAAGUUUGCCACGCCAAAGAAGACCAGUGCAGAUGAAGUUAAGGUUAGUAAAUUGAAAACUGGAACUCCAACUGCGGAUGAAGAGAAUCCUAGUAUUGUUAAGAUCACUUCAACAACAAUAGUUGAAGAGAUUCUUACUGUGGACAGUCCCACAACUCCCAUGGUGAAACCCAUGGUUGCUUUGUUGGACUCAAAGAGGAAAAAGAGAAACAAAUCAGCAUCAAAGAAACGACCUGAACCUGAAAUCAGUCCUGCCUUAACCGAUGUAGAGAACUCCACCAGCACGACAAACAAAAGGAGGAGAAAAUCAUGGACUAGUUUGAAGGAACUCGCUGAAAGAAAUGAGCAGAAGAAAAACAUCAGCGAUUUGUCAAUUCCUUUCUUUAUGUAA